AUGUUACAGAGGCCUGGAGAAAGCAAUGACUGGCAACCUGGACUUCGCAGAACUGUUCAGCAUCAUGAUGAUGAUGAUGAUGUUAUAAUUCCAUGUCAUAAUUAUUUUGGAGCAGCCAGGUUUUAUUGUGUUGAAACAAUUACAACACCAUGUGACGUUGUAAUUGCAUGGGUUAAAUUUGACAAAUCAGAGUCUCCUACCAACAUCCUCAAUUGUUGGAAUAGAUGGAAGAAAACAACCCGUUUCAUUGUCGACUCUUAUCAUUACAUCAAUCAUCGCACCUUGGACUAUCUGUGCCGCAAAUGGUGUAACCCUGGUCCACUAAAUGGUUCAGCUCCAAAUCUGGUCAAUGUGGCUUAUGAUAAGAACAACCAACCAUACUUUCAAUGUGCAUUCAAUACACAGGCAUGCAAGCAAUUGAAUUCUUGGCUAGGAGGUUUUGGGUCAAUUCUCAAACGAAUGAAAACUGGACAUUUUGAUUGGUUCUUGCACACUAUGCUCUUUUAUCAUACUCAGCAUGUUAUCCGAAAACAAGCACAGCAGGAAGAGCCUCAUCAAAUUAUUGAAAUUGAGGAUGAUGAAGGAGAAGAGGCGGAGGAAAGUGUAGAAGUGGGACAUUGGGCUGUUGAGGAAGAUGACUGA